UUGUCCUGUUUUCUAACCCCGAGUGUCACCUCUCUGUACAUUUGUCUAAUUUAUCAGUUUCUUGUAGAUUGUCAGCAGCCUGCUGCCUCAUUACCGACACUCUCCCCACAACUAAGGCGAGGGAGAGCCUCCCUAGCUCGCAGUCCUAAGUUCGCAGCAGACCUUCAGGAUGACCGGUCCGUUCUGUCCGGCGGCCGGCUGGCUCUGUCCCCCUGUGACCCGCGGACCUGCCUGGCCCGCCCGGCCCCCCCGCCCGGCACCUGA